UGAUGUGCUGAAUGAUUGUGGCAUAUUACCUGUUAGCCACAAUGUUGCAAAGACGUGCUAGUAAACGAUUUGUACUUGUUGAAUCUGGCAACCUUGAUAAUAAUGGUUCAACAACGGGUGCAACAAAUAUUUUGCCACAACUUAAUGUUACUUUGAAUGAUGCUCAUUCAGAAUCACUCAACAACUCAGAUGAAAUUCCUCACAAUGUCACACAAACACAAAAUCUACUUUCUGUAGCAACACCACAAACACAUCAAAUUAAUAGUGGAUCUUUAAAGCCUAGUAUGUCGCGUGGUACUGGCUUGGGUCAAGACCGUUAUCAAGAUCGAGAUUUUCAUGUAGCAACCACAGAGGAGUUUGUUAAAAAGUUUGGUGGUACACGAGCCAUUAAUCGUAUACUCAUCGCUAAUAAUGGUAUUGCAGCUGUUAAAUGUAUGCGCUCUGUGCGUAGAUGGUCUUAUGAAAUGUUCCAGAAUGAGCGGGCUGUGCUAUUUGUUGUUAUGGUUACACCGGAAGAUCUAAAAGCAAAUGCAGAGUAUAUAAAAAUGGCAGAUCAUUACGUUCCUGUUCCUGGUGGAUCAAAUAAUAAUAAUUAUGCAAAUGUUGAACUGAUUGUAGAUAUCGCGUUACGUACUCGUGUGCAGGCUGUGUGGGCUGGUUGGGGUCAUGCGUCAGAAAAUCCAAAACUUCCAGAAUUAUUGCAUAAAGAAGGAUUAGUGUUUUUGGGUCCACCAGAACGUGCUAUGUGGGCGCUAGGUGACAAGGUAGCUUCCUCCAUUGUUGCACAAACUGCAGAUAUCCCCACAUUACCAUGGUCUGGUUCAGGUUUAAAAGCGCAGUAUAGUGGCAAGAAAAUUAAAAUUUCAAGUGAACUUUUUGCGCGUGGUUGUGUAAAUAGCGUUGAACAAGGCUUGGCAGCUGUCAGCAAAAUAGGAUUUCCUGUUAUGAUAAAAGCAUCUGAAGGUGGUGGUGGUAAAGGUAUACGUCGUGUAGAUACAGCUGACGAAUUUCCUGCCCUAUUCCGUCAAGUAUUAGCUGAAGUUCCUGGUUCACCAAUCUUUGUUAUGAAAUUAGCAAGUGGCGCUCGUCAUUUAGAAGUGCAACUGCUAGCAGAUCAGUAUGGGAAUGCAAUUAGUUUAUUUGGUCGUGAUUGUUCUAUACAGCGAAGACAUCAAAAAAUUAUUGAAGAAGCACCUGCCAUUGUAGCACAGCCUGAAGUUUUUGAGGAUAUGGAAAAAGCUGCUGUACGUCUAGCAAAAAUGGUUGGUUACGUAAGCGCUGGUACUGUAGAAUAUUUGUACGAUACAGAAGGACAAUACUUUUUCUUGGAAUUAAAUCCUCGUUUACAAGUAGAGCAUCCAUGUACUGAAAUGGUUGCUGAUGUUAAUCUACCUGCUUGCCAACUUCAAAUCGGUAUGGGUAUUCCGCUGUACCGUCUUAAGGACAUACGUCUGCUGUAUGGUGAAUCUCCAUGGGGAACUUCAAUAAUCGAUUUUGAUGGCCCCACGCAUAAACCAAGACCAUCUGGCCAUGUAAUUGCUGCCCGUAUUACUUCCGAGAAUCCUGAUGAAGGUUUUAAACCCAGUUCUGGUACUGUACAGGAACUUAAUUUUCGCUCCAGUAAAAAUGUGUGGGGUUACUUUAGUGUUGCUGCUUCUGGUGGGUUGCAUGAAUUUGCGGACUCACAGUUUGGACAUUGCUUUUCCUGGGGUGAAAAUCGACAACAAGCACGUGAAAAUCUUGUCAUUGCUCUGAAAGAGCUCUCGAUUCGUGGCGAUUUUCGUACUACCGUUGAAUAUUUGAUCACACUUUUGGAAACAAACAGUUUUCUAGAUAACACAAUUGAUACAGCUUGGUUAGAUGCACUAAUAGCAGAACGAGUGCAGUCAGAAAAACCAGAUAUAUUACUUGGUGUUGUUUGUGGCGCUCUUCAUAUUGCCGAUCGUCAUAUAACUCAGGCGUUUACGAGUUUCCAAACAUCUCUUGAGAAAGGUCAAAUACAAGCGGCUAAUACGUUAACGAAUGUCGUUGAUGUUGAACUUAUUAAUGGAGGUUUGCGUUAUAAGGUGCAGGCAGCGAAAAGUGGUGCUAAUUCAUACUUUUUGUUGAUGAAUAAUUCCUUUAAAGAAGUAGACGUACAUCGCUUGUCAGAUGGUGGUUUAUUGUUAUCAUUUGAAGGUGCUUCAUAUACUACAUACAUGAAAGAGGAAGUUGAUCGUUAUCGUAUUGUAAUCGGAAAUCAAACUUGUGUGUUCGAAAAAGAAAAUGAUCCAUCUCUACUGAGAAGUCCAUCCGCUGGUAAGCUAAUAAAUCUUUUAGUGGAUGAUGGUGAACAUGUUUCGAAAGGUCAAGCUUUUGCUGAAAUUGAAGUAAUGAAAAUGGUUAUGACAUUAACGUCUCAAGAAGCUGGUACAGUCUCAUUUCUACGACGUGCAGGUGCAGUUUUGGAUGCUGGUUCCUUAUUAGGACAUUUAGAAUUAGAUGAUCCAUCUUUAGUCACUAAAGCACAACCAUAUAAGAAUUCAUUUCCACAACCCGAGGUUCCAUCUGUUCCAGAGAAACUUAAUCGCACACAUAACACUUAUAAAUCUGUACUGGAAAACACAUUGUCCGGCUAUUGUCUUCCAGAGCCUUACAACGCACAGCGUUUGCGGGAUGUUAUCGAAAAAUUCAUGCAAAGUUUACGCCACCCAUCAUUACCUUUGCUGGAACUGCAAGAAGUAAUCGCAUCAAUUUCAGGCCGUAUACCCAUAUCAGUUGAGAAAAAAAUAAGAAAAUUAAUGACACUUUAUGAGCGCAACAUUACAAGUGUGUUAGCACAAUUUCCAUCCCAACAAAUCGCUAGCGUGAUUGAUAGUCACGCCGCCACUCUUCAGAAACGCACAGAUCGUGAUGUUUUCUUCAUGACUACACAAAGUAUUGUGCAAUUGGUGCAACGUUAUCGCAAUGGUAUUCGCGGUCGCAUGAAGGCUGUGGUGCAUGAACUUUUACGUCAAUACUUUGAAGUAGAAUCCCAGUUUCAGCAUGGCCAUUAUGAUAAAUGUGUUGGAUUAAUUCGUGAACGCAAUAAAGAAGAUAUGCAAACCGUUGUGAAUACAAUAUUUUCACAUUCACAAGUAGCUAAAAAGAAUCUGUUGGUAACACUACUCAUUGAUCAUUUAUGGGCAAAUGAACCAGGAUUAACGGAUGAACUUGCCAAUACGCUUAGUGAACUUACAUCUCUUAAUCGUGCUGAGCAUUCUCGUGUUGCGUUACGUUCAAGGCAAGUCUUGAUUGCUGCUCAUCAACCAGCAUACGAACUACGACAUAAUCAAAUGGAAUCCAUAUUUUUAUCAGCAGUUGACAUGUAUGGACAUGACUUUCAUCCAGAAAAUUUACAAAGGCUUAUUCUAUCAGAAACUUCUAUUUUUGAUAUUUUGCAUGACUUUUUCUAUCAUACAAACCGAGCUGUGUGUAAUGCAGCACUUGAAGUCUAUGUACGUCGUGCCUAUACUUCAUAUGAAUUGACUUGCUUACAGCAUCUAGAACUUUCAGGAGGUCUUCCAUUAAUUCAUUUCCAAUUUCUACUGCCAACGGCGCAUCCAAAUAGAAUUUUUUCACGUAUGUCUAGUGAUAAUGUAGAAGCCACAACAGAUACUCUAGGCUCUUCAUUUGUUCGUACUGGUUGUAUGGCUGCUUUUGAUUCGUUCCAAGAAUUUGAAACAUAUGCUGAUGAAAUAUUAGAUUUCUUUGAAAAUAUUUCUUCUCCAGCAUAUGUUAGUGCAAAGGUUCUUGAAGCAGUAGAAGCUGUGGAUUCAUUAUCAGAUGGAAGAUUAAGUACUUCGAUUAAUGUAUCCCUUUCUGACCCAGUUACUCGGGCAAAUGCUGUGGAAGAGGCCAAAUCAACAGAACCUAUACAUAUUGUCAAUAUUGCCGUACGUGAAACUGGUGAUCUGGAUGAUGUUCAAAUGGCACAUGAGUUCGGAAAUUUCUGCAAACAAAAUCGUGAAGAUUUCUUUGAGCGUAGAAUACGCAGAAUAACUUUUGCUGCAUUGAAAAAACGCCAAUUUCCUAAAUUUUUCACUUAUCGUGCUCGUGACAACUUCGAAGAAGAUAGAAUUUAUAGACAUUUAGAACCUGCAUGUGCUUUCCAAUUGGAAUUGAAUCGCAUGCGAACGUACGAUUUAGAAGCGCUACCAACAGCUAAUCAAAAAAUGCACCUAUAUUUGGGUAAAGCUAAAGUUUCUAAAGGUCAAGAAGUCACCGAUUAUCGUUUCUUUAUACGUUCAAUUAUACGUCACUCUGAUCUAAUUACUAAGGAAGCUUCUUUUGAAUAUUUACAAAACGAAGGUGAACGAGUUUUACUUGAGGCUAUGGAUGAAUUGGAAGUUGCUUUUUCGCACCCUCAUGCCAAAAGAACUGAUUGUAACCAUAUAUUUCUGAAUUUUGUACCGACGGUUAUAAUGGAUCCUGCCAAAAUAGAAGAAUCAGUCACAAAAAUGAUCAUGCGAUAUGGUCCACGCUUGUGGAAAUUACGUGUAUUGCAAGCUGAACUUAAAAUGGUUAUAAGACAAUCUCCUCAAUCGCCAACACAAGCCGUACGUUUAUGCAUUGCCAAUGAUUCUGGUUACUUCUUAGAUAUAUCGAUGUACACAGAAUUUACCGAUAUAGAAACCGGAAUUAUAAAAUUCAAAGCCUAUGGAGAUAAACAAGGUUCUUUGCAUGACCAUCCAAUUUCUACACCAUAUAUGACCAAAGAUUUCCUGCAACAAAAGCGUUUCCAGGCACAGUCCAACGGUACCACAUAUGUCUAUGAUAUACCAGACAUGUUCAGACAAAUGACCGAACGUCAUUGGAAAGAGUUUUCAAAGGCUAGACCCACAAUCGAUAUCAGAAUACCAGAAAAAAUACUUUUAGAAUGUGUCGAGUUAGUUUUGGAUGGUGACAAUUUACUCGAAAUGCAACGUUUACCUGGAGGAAACAAUUGUGGUAUGGUAGCUUGGCGCAUUACGUUAGCUACUCCAGAAUAUCCAAAGGGACGUGAAAUAAUUGUUAUUGCUAACGAUUUAACAUUCUUCAUUGGUUCCUUUGGCAUAAAGGAAGAUGUGCUCUUCCACAAAGCGUCACAAUUAGCAAGGAAACUCAAAGUACCUAGAAUUUACGUUUCAGUGAAUAGCGGUGCAAGAAUCGGUCUUGCUGAAGAAGUCAAAUCUAUGUUUAAAGUUGCAUGGGAAGAUCCUGAAGAACCAGACAAAGGAUUUAAAUAUCUAUAUCUAACCACGGAAGAUUACACAAAGGUAGCCAAUUUAAAUUCUGUUCGGGCAAUACUUAUUGAAGAUGAAGGUGAACCACGCUACAAAAUAACCGAUAUUAUUGGGAAAGAUGAUGGUCUUGGAGUGGAAAAUUUACGUUAUGCCGGUUUAAUUGCUGGUGAAACUUCACAAGCCUAUGAAGAAAUUGUAACUAUAUCAAUGGUAACGUGUCGUACGAUUGGUAUUGGCUCAUAUCUUGUGCGUCUGGGACAACGUGUGAUACAAAUUGAUAACUCUCACAUUAUUCUAACAGGCUACGCUGCUUUAAAUAAGCUGCUUGGACGUAAAGUGUAUGCAUCCAAUAAUCAAUUGGGUGGUGUGCAAAUAAUGUACAAUAAUGGUGUGUCACACAAGACUGAAGCGGUGGACCUCGAUGGCGUGUAUACCAUAUUAGACUGGCUUUCAUACAUUCCCGCAUACAUUGGCUGUGAAUUGCCUAUAGUAACGCCUAACGAUAAUAUUGAACGACCUGUAGGUUUUAUGCCAACCAAAUCACCAUACGAUCCACGUUGGAUGCUUGCUGGACGAGUUAAUCCUUCAAAUAUGAGCGAAUGGGAAAAUGGUUUCUUUGACAAAGGGUCGUGGAAAGAAGUAAUGGAACCAUGGGCAAAAACUGUUGUCACAGGUCGUGCACGUUUGGGCGGUGUACCAGUAGGCGUUAUUGCAGUGGAAACGCGUACAGUCGAAGUUGAUAUGCCUGCUGAUCCAGCAAAUUUAGAUUCAGAAGCAAAAACUCUACAACAAGCCGGUCAAGUUUGGUAUCCAGAUUCCUCCUAUAAAACAGCGCAGGCAAUAAAAGAUUUUGGACGUGAAGAAUUGCCUUUAAUUAUCUUUGCGAACUGGCGUGGUUUUUCAGGUGGCAUGAAGGAUAUGUACGAACAAGUUGUCAAAUUUGGCGCAUAUAUUGUAGAUGGUUUAAGGGAAUACAAAAGACCUGUGCUAAUUUAUCUGCCACCUAAUGCAGAAUUACGUGGAGGUGCUUGGGCAGUAUUGGAUUCACUAAUUAAUCCGAGAUAUAUGGAAAGUUAUGCCGAUCCAGAAGCACGUGCUGGCGUAUUGGAACCUGAAGGCAUUGUGGAAAUAAAAUACAAAGAAAAAGAUCUAAUUAAAACCAUUAAUCGUCUAGACGCUACAGUAAUAGCUUUGAGAAAAGAAAUGGAAGAAGCCUCUGCAGCUGGUGAUAAAGCAAAAGCAACACAAAUAGAGGAAAAAAUCAAGUCACGUACAAAUAUCUUGCUGCAUGUCUAUCAUACAGUAGCAGUACAUUUUGCAGAUUUGCAUGAUACACCCGAACGUAUGUUAGAAAAGGAAUGUAUUUUAGAUAUAGUUUCGUGGCGAGAAUCAAGAAAGUUCCUAUACUGGCGUUUACGACGACUUCUUUUAGAAGAUGAAUACAUUAAAAAAAUUACGAAAGCUCAAGACAGUUUAUCUGUAGGCCAAGCUAAAGAAAUGCUACGACGUUGGUUAGUGGAAGAUAAAGGACAUACUGAAUCAUAUGUUUGGGAUAAAAAUGAGGAAAUGGUGCAGUGGUAUGAAGAACAAGAAAAUCCAGAUUCUAUAGUGUCUAAAAACAUAAAUGCCGUUAAACAGGAUGCAGUUAUUUCAAAGAUAACAACAAUGCUUGAGGAAUGUCCUGAAGUCGCUUUGGAUGCAGUAGUCGGACUUUGUCAAGGCUUAUCUGCUGCCAAUAGAGGCGUUGUAGUGCGAACACUUGCACAAAUGCAAUUAAAUGAGGAAUUAACAACUAAUGCACAAGGAUGAUGAUUUCGAAUAUAAAAGCACUAGUCAUAAAGGAAAUAAAAUCUUAACUUUGAGUUUCGUUCUGGGUAGCUUUAGCACAUCGAAGAAAUAAUUUUACUAACGUAAUACUAUUUUAAAUUUAGUUUAAAUUUUAAUUACAUUUUUAGUACAUUGAAAAUACGUAUAUAUAUAUAUAUAUAUUUAUAUAGAUUUGCAUUUUAAA